AUGCACCACCACAGACAGGGCACACAUGGAAACACACCUAACAACACGCCACCUGCUGUGGCUCUGUCCUCGUUCAUUGUGUGUGAUUGUGUGUUCAGCAUGAGUAACAUCUAUGAGUCUGCAGAGGCCACGCUGGGCUUCAUCAGCUCUCCAUGCCUGACCAAAGUGGAGCUGAGAGUGGCCUGCCGGGGAAUCUCUGACCGUGACGCCCUCUCCAAACCCGACCCUUGUGUAGUGCUGAAGAUGCAGUCACAUGGCCAGUGGUUUGAGGUGGACCGUACAGAGGUUAUCCGCAGCAGUAGCGGCCCAGUAUUUUCCAAGAUCUUCCUGGUGGAUUACUACUUUGAGGAGGUUCAAAGGCUCCGCUUUGAGCUUCAUGAUAUCAGCUCUGGCAACAACGGCCUACGUGAUGCUGACUUCCUGGGGUCCAUGGAAUGCACCUUGGGACAGAUCGUCUCACAGAGGAAACUGACCAAAGCGCUACUCAAACAGGGAAACACUGCUGGAAAGUCUUCCAUAACGGUGACAGCAGAGGAGUUGACUGGUAAUGAUGAUUAUGUUGAACUCUCCUUCAGUGCUCGUAAGCUAGACGAUAAGGAUUUCUUCAGCAAGUCAGACCCUUUCCUGGAGAUUUUUAGAAUAAACGAUGAUGGGACUGAGUCACUUGUACACAGAACUGAGACGGUCAUGAACAACCUGAGCCCAGUUUGGAAGUCCUUCAAAGUUUCCUUGAACACGCUCUGCAGUGGAGACCAUGAGAGAGAGCUAAAGUGCACGGUUUGGGACUGGGACUCUAAUGGAAAACAUGACUUUAUUGGGGAGUUUCAGACCACCUAUAAGGAGCUGAGGACAGAGCAGGAGGGCAAGCAGCUCCAAUGGGAGUGCAUCAACCCCAAAUACCAGAUGAAGAAGAAGAAUUACAGAAACUCUGGUGUUGUCAUUCUCAACCACUGUAAGAUCAUUAAAAUGUAUUCCUUCCUGGAUUACAUAAUGGGAGGCUGUCAAAUUCAGUUCACAGUGGCAAUAGACUUCACAGCAUCCAAUGGGGAUCCUAGAAACAGCUGCUCCCUUCACUACAUCCACCCCUACCAACCCAAUGAGUACCUCAAAGCUCUGGUGGCAGUAGGGGAGAUCUGCCAAGACUAUGACAGUGAUAAAAUGUUCCCUGCAUUUGGUUUUGGAGCUCUGAUACCACCUGACUUCAAGGUUUCACACGACUUUGCCGUCAACUUUGAUGAGGACAAUCCUGAAUGUGCUGGGAUCCAAGGUGUGGUGGAGGCCUACCAGAAUUGCCUCCCUAAGAUCCAGCUGUACGGGCCCACCAACAUCGCCCCAAUCAUCCAGAAAGUGGCCUCGUCUGCCUCCGAGGAGAUGCACACGAAGGAGGCCAUGGAAUAUUUCAUCCUGCUGAUCCUGACAGACGGCGUUAUCACCGACAUGGCAGACACACGGGAGGCCAUUGUGCACGCCUCCCACCUGCCCAUGUCGGUCAUCAUCGUCGGUGUGGGCAACGCAGACUUCACAGACAUGCAGAUAUUGGAUGGGGACGACGGGAUCCUGCGUUCACCCAAGGGCGAGCCCGUGCUUCGUGACAUCGUGCAGUUCGUCCCCUUCAAGGACUUCAAGCAUGCGUCCCCAGCUGCACUGGCUAAGAGUGUUUUGGCAGAAGUCCCUAACCAGGUGGUGGAUUACUACAAUGCUAAAGGCAUCAAACCCAAGUGUAUGUCAGACUAUGAGUCCACAAGAACCUUUAGCCCCUGA